CCGGCGCGGUGGGAAGAGGCAGCAGCAUGGCGGCGUCGCUGGGCGGCCUGGGCCUCCUGCAGGGCAGAGUCAGGCUGGCUGCGGUAGCCGCUGCCUCCUCGCCUCUCAGCCGGCCGGGCGCGCGGGGGCUGCUGGUGCGGGGAGGGGCCGCCUGUUCUCCGACCGGGAGGGGCUACAGCUCGGAGGCGAAGGGGGAGGAGGAGCUGCGGGUCCGGUACCUGGACGAGGAGAACCAAGGAAUUGUGGUACUUGGAUUAAACAGAUCUCGUGCCAAAAAUGCACUUAAUAAAAAUCUUAUAAAAAUGAUGUCAAAAGCUGUGGAUGCUCUGAAAUCUGAUAAGAAAGUACGAACUGUUAUAUUCCGAAGCGAAGUCCCUGGGAUAUUCUGUGCUGGUGCUGACCUUCAGGAAAGAGCCAAAAUGCACUCCAGUGAAGUUAGUUCUUUUGUCUCAAAAGCAAGAGCAACUAUUAAUGAAAUGGCUAAUCUUCCAGUACCAACAAUUGCUGCAAUAGAUGGGACUGCAUUAGGUGGUGGCCUAGAACUGGCGUUAGCCUGUGACAUAAGAGUGGCAGCCUCUUCUGCUAAAAUGGGUCUAGUUGAAACAAAGCUGGCAAUCAUUCCGGGUGCAGGAUUACCAAGAUGCAAUUAAUUCCUGGACUGCUCUUCCCCAGAGAUUCAUGAUUCAUAAAGUGGUGGGCUCUCAACAUGAGUAUCAGGUGGAAGAUGACUGACUGAACCAGUACUAACCCAAAUCAUAAUAGACUCCCGUCAGGUUUGUGGAGCUUAUGUGAACCACCACACAUCAGAGCUAAUGGUCCUCACAAGAGCGGCACAGUAGUAACUGACUGGAACUCAGUCACAGGAAGUGCCCUUAGGAUGUUCACAAUGCUUCUGAAUCCAACUCUCUGUUAAUACAGAGUGACAACAUUCCUCACUUACAUAAAGAAGCGAAGAGGAACAGAGUCCCUCUUAAGUCAAAAGCCCUGCAAAUUCUUCACUGCAUGGAGACAAUAAUCUGACAGUUCCAACUUCCUGGUCAGAGACAUUGUGUAAUGCCAUUGAGUGAAUUUGGCUCCUUAUACCUAAGAUGACAAGAAAACUCAUGAAUAUCUCUGGGUGAAUGUAAAAAUAAUCAACAAGUUUUGCACUUUGUCUUUUCAAAUGGGAAUGCCAGGUGCUUGGCCUCUUUCCAUCUUUCAUCAACAAUAAGCUUCCUCUGCUUUAGACACCUGGAAAACAAGACAUGCAAGGUGGAUGCAUUCUCCUUUGAGUGUCAGAACUCUAUUUGAGGCCUGAUUCUUAUUUACACUGGAAUGGCAGUUGUAAAUGGCCCUUCCUGUAAUUGAGCAUCAGGCCCUUUAUGCCUUGUCUCUGUCCUUUCCAAGGUAGCCAUAAAAAUCAGAAUGACAAACUUCAUAGUGCUCAUAGCUCCAUAUUAGCCUAGCAGGACAUGGUUUACCAUAUAGUAGAGAGAUACUUCUGUUUACAUGGAUACUGCCCACAUGCAAGAUGUCACAGUUCAGGGCAACUGGCACUGCACCUGUGUUUCUGUUCAGUGGUCCAGCAAAUGCACCCACUCUUGGGCUUCCAGCACCCCAGCCGUGUUGCCUUUUGUGGGUGGAGACUGGUGUGUCUGACUGGGGCAUUUCCAGGCUGCGCAGUUCCCAGCUUUCAUUGUGUUAUUCGCAGCACAGAAAGGUUGCCCAAGGACACCAGCUGGUACCACAUAGCACUUCCUGUGCAAACCUAAUUUAUUCUUAAGGUAAAAAGCGUUACUGAGAAAACAUUAAAAACAAUAAAAGAACCUACACGCGUGCUAAUUAGACAUCACCCCAACUCCAGCAUGGGCUCUGUCAAUAGCAGUCCUUUGGGUUUCCUUUGUGGUCACAAGUUCACCACAGGCUCAGCUUAGAACUAGCACACUCAUAACAUGUUUAGUUCACCCUUUACACAGUUCAGGGGUAACUCCAGGAGCAGGUAAUUAGUAGACAAUCGGAUUUCUUCCCCAGGACAUAGCUUCUAAAGGGUGGAUUUGAAAUGGAUCAUUUGCAUUCACCUUAUCCCCCAGGUACUUCCUAGGAAAUCCACUUUAUACACAUUGUCCCAAAAAGUCCUUUGAAGUUCCUAACAUUUACAUUAGUGAAGACCUUAUAUUAGUGCAGUCCUCCAAUAACACACAAACAAUUUUGUUUUCAAUAUGAUUGACCCCUAAGGCAUCAAACCCAAUUCAAUAAGGUUUAACUUAAUUCAGUAAAUUUCAUUUGUGAUAUUACAGGAUAUUGUCAGUCAGUCACACAAGGUCCUUCUGUUUCAGGGGCCAAUCUUGUGUUCUGACCCAGGGAUAUUUUCAUUGGUGAAACAGACACUGUGGAAGGCUAAAAUGUUUGGGUUUUGGCUACUCAUCUCUAUCGGCAGACAGUCUUGUGCAGUCAAGAUCUGUUUCUAGUAUUCUUCAUGUAUUUAAAAACUCUUUACUAGUUUAAACACCAACUCCUAGUCUCCCUUUCUAUCUAAAAUUUAAUCUGGAUGACUUCACAAGGGUCUGGACCUGAUCUCUCUCCAGGUCCAUAUCACAAUGUUAAGGGUUACCAAGGUCUUACAAUGGCAAGGGAAACUAGUCUGUGAUAACCACAGUGCAAGAUUUUCCUCAGGCAAUCACCAGACUUUGACUUGCUAUCUGACAAUCUAUGAUGAGCUGGAACUUGAAUUUAGUUGGUCUAUACCCAUAUGAAAUCCCCUUUUUUUUAAUCUCAUGAGAUAACAUCACUUUGUAUCAGUGAGAGUGACCUUUCUCAAGUCUAUCACUGCUGCUAAGAGGCUGUGCUGGCUCCAGCUUUUUUGCUGCGGCAGGGGAAAAAAGCGCCCCAAACCCAAUUGAGCUGCCACUGAAGUGGAAGACAGUGAGUGAAGGUCCCGCCGCCGACCCGGAAUGGGCUGAUGGAGCUGCCACCGAAGUGCCGCCGCCGAUCCGGAUGUGCCGCCCCGACAAUGGACAUACUGCUGCCUCUUUCUAUUGACCGCCCCAGGCACCUGCUUCCUUCGCUGGUGUCUGGAUCCGGCCCUGCUAAGAGGACUGAGGAACUUUUUGGCCUCUCUGUCUCAAAGCCAUUUUUCAGCUUUAUCAAGAAAAAGUUGUACUCUUCAUGGAUUUAGAUUCACUAUAAAAUUCAUCUCUCCAUUCCACAUAAGUAAUCUCUAUCCUAUGGCUAUAUCCUAAACUAAGCACAGAAAAAUACAUUUUCAGUAUCUGGAUGUCAUUUCCAGUAGUACCUCUUGACUUAGGCAGAAACUAUAUAUGAGAAUAGGGUAAUUUUGUUCUUAUCUAGACAUUUUCUUCUCAGAACAUGAACGCUUCUCCCUUUUCUAGUUUGUUGCUGUUUUGAAUUAUUUUGAUUUAUAGUUUAUUGCUAUUAUUUCUCUCUUGCUUAGCAUUGUAAACUUAUUUUGGGAGCUAUAAUGUUGGGAGGGUUCCUUGUCAGCAGAACUGUCUCCAUUUGUAUAGUACAUUACUUAAGAAGCUCUGGAUUUUAGCUGUGUCAUGAGAACAUGAAAGUGCUAAUAAAGAACAUAA